CCUGCUUAUGAGUUUGAUCAGGUUGGUUCUUAUGUUGGCUGCCUGCUCAUAUUGCUCUCUCUGCUUUUUGAGAGAGCUGUAAUAAAAUCUUAGGAUUAUAUGUUCUUGAAGGUUUUAUAGAUAGAGAGGGAGAGAUAUUCUCCAAAAUUUGAAGUUGUUUUUGCCCAAUAGCAUUUCUCACCUAGUAGCAAAGUUGCAGGUGUGAUCACAUAUAAUCAUGACAAUUAAAAUAGAUUUAGAGAAUGGAGAAAUUAGUGAGCAGCAAGAGGAUAUUAUCCAGGCACUUCUUCCAGCUGAAGAGAAGUCUAAGAAUUUCAAUGAGAGUGACAGCACCAAAGCUGGUAAUGAUGGAUCCAUACAAACUGUGCUUCUCAGCACCUUUGUGGUGGUUUUAGGCUCUUUGGAGUUUGGAUAUUCUGUGGGGUUCUCUUCCCCCACUCAGUCUGCAAUGAUAGAGGACCUCGGCCUCACUCUGUCUCAGUAUUCUACCUUUGGUUCCCUGCUGACCAUAGGUGCCAUGAUUGGUGCAAUAACAAGUGGCCGUGUUGCAGAUUCCAUGGGGAGAAAAGGGGCACUGAGAGUGGCUUCAGCCUCUUACAUCAUUGGAUGGCUUAUCAUAGUCAUCUCCAAGGUUGCAUUACCACUGGAUAUUGGAAGAUUGUUUGUGGGAUAUGGGGUUGGCCUCACUUCCUAUACAGUUCCUGUCUACAUAGCUGAAAUAACUCCCAAGAACUUGAGAGGAGCACUCACAAAUACAAAUCAGUUGUCGGUAACUGCGGGGAUACUAAUAGUAUAUCUUCUUGGAAUGUUUGUGACAUGGCAUGACCUUGCUAUUAUAGGACUUAUCCCCUGUUCUAUUUUGGUCUUGGGUCUCUUCUUCAUUCCAGAGUCUCCCAGGUGGUUGGCAAAGGUAGGACGGGAGAAAGAGUUUAAAGCUGCAUUGCAAGCCCUUCGAGGAAAAGGUUGUGAUGUUUCUGCUGAGGCAGCUGAAAUCAAGGAAUACGUGGAUGAGUUAGAAAUGCUUCCAAAGGGCAGAGUAUUGGAUUUAUUUCAACGCAAAUAUGCUCAUCAUGUGAUAGUUGGAGUCGGCUUGAUGGUGUUCCAACAGUUAUGUGGAAUCAAUGCUCUCAUGUUUUAUGCCAGUAAAAUUUUCGAAGCUGCUGGCUUCCAUUCAGAUCAUGCAGCAUCUGUCAGUGUUGCUGCCCUUCAGGUGCCAAUGACAGUAGUAGGUGUUCUACUGAUGGACAGAGCAGGAAGGCGGCCACUUUUGAUGGUCUCUGCUGGAGGGAUAAGCUUAGGUUGUUUCAUGGUCGGAGUUUCAUUUUACAUACAGGGGCAUGAAUCGUAUGCUCAUCUUGGAGCACUAGUAAGCAUCUUGGCUCUAGGGGGUCUCUUGACUUAUAUUGCAGCAUUCUCCUUGGGCAUGGGUGGAGUUCCAUGGAUUAUAAUGUCUGAGAUAUUUCCAAUAAAUAUGAAAGGGGUUGCUGGAAGCUUGGUGACACUUGUUUCUUGGUUUGGCUCUUGGGUUAUAACCUUAACCUUCAAUUUUCUUCUAACAUGGAGUGCAGCAGGUUCAUUCUUUAUCUUUGGGGGCGCUGGUGCAGGUGCAGUGUUGUUUGUUGCAAAACUAUUGCCAGAAACCAAGGGGCAAACUCUAGAAGAAAUACAAACAUCAUUCCUGACAUUUUUCUCGAAAAGAACUCCCAAAUCUUAUAAUGGGCUUCAAUAAAAAAAUGAUUUAUUUCAGUGGAAAGCUAUGGAUUCAUUGUUACCCAAUUAUUUUAUUGCUAGGCAUCAUUCAUUACAAGUUGUUAGAUCUCACCUCUCAUAUGACAUACCGAUUGAAAUGUGUUCAUAUGGUGAAGGUGUGUUAGAUUCAAUUACAUCCAGGAAAAUUAAAAUUGAUAUUGGAGGAGCCGUUUUUGGAUCAGAUUUUGUGGUAAUUUUUUUAUCAACAUUUUGGAUCACACUCCGUGAUUUAUCAUCAGAACGAUUGAGUGCAAGAGCACAAUGGUGAGAUGAGAUUUUCAGACUAUAAUAUCUCAUUGAGAGUGAUUCAAAAGUUCUAUAAACAGAACUGAAUGUAUUUAAGGAGAAAUUAUCUUUUCUUUGUUGUUGUAAUUCUAAUUUGAAUGUCCAUAAUUUAAUCUAUAAUCCAAUCCUAUUUGAAAAUA